AUGGCCUCAUCCAUCAGUCUCCCUUACCAGAGGCUCACCCACGAAGGUAGCUUGGAUGAAAUCCAUCUCCUUCAGCCAAGCUUCAGAAGACAGUAUCCUUACAGGUUCAACAGACUCAGGAGGAGGAGGAGGAGGAUCAGGGUUAGGGUUCAUAAACUGAGGAGGUUCUUGAGGAAGAAGGCCAAGGGGGUCAGAACAGGUAUUUCCAAAGUGUUGAAGAGGCUGAAGGAGAGCCAGGCCCAUUUCGGCGAUCUCUUCGCUGGCAAUUACCUUUUCAUGCAAGUUAAUCCUACUUGUCUCAAGUAUGCCUUUGACCCAUCAUUGCAAAGCAGCAAUGCCUUCUCUCUCCCUCCGGCUUACAUGUAA